CAACCCAUCUAAAACCCAUGGUCAGAUUUUAUAAAAAAAAGGUAGAUAGCGAUGCAGUCUUCUUAUCAAAUUCAGACAAGUUUGAAAAAUCCGUUCAAGAAAAACAAAAUUGGGAUGAGAUACAUUUGUUCGGGUCAAUACGGUAAUUAUAUUUAGACCGCAGCUGCUUACAGGUACCCAAUCAGGUUCCAAAUACUGAAAGGGCCGGAAAUUUGGUCUUCUUUCUUGCAAGUAUUAUUCACAGGGUCAUCUCCAAAGGGCUUUAAAAACAAAACAAAUCACAAAUUUGGUUAGGUUUUUCAACUCAAUUCCUUCACUUUUAGAAGCUUUAUCUGAAUUAUCAACGCCAGUUCUGAGUCAUCAGAUCCAGUGUAGUCGUGGCAAGAGAGGUUUUAGAGCUUAUGGACAAAGCUUAAUAAGGGUUCAAAAUGACUAUCGUACAACUGAGAAAACUUGGAUUACCAUUGAUGAAUCUGGUUAGGUUUAAAGGGAUUCCCAUUUUAGAACAAUUACAGUUAGAGGAAAAGCUACUUCGAACUUCUUCUGAAAAUUGGUGUAUCGUCAAUGAUGGAACUAAUUCUCCAACAAUUGUCAUGGGAAUGUCUGGGAAACCUGCUGAGCUUCUUGAAGUUGAAUCUGUGAUAAGAGAUCGCAUUCCUGUUAUAAAAAGGUUUACAGGGGGAGGAACUGUUAUUGUUGACCAAGGGACAAUUUUUGUUACAUUCAUAUGUAAUAGGAUUGAUGUUCCUGGUGUACAACCAUAUCCUCAACCAAUUAUGUCUUGGAGUGGCUUGUUAUAUGAUGAAGUUUUUCAAGAAGUUGGCGAUUUUCAUCUCCGUGAGAAUGAUUAUGUAUUCGGUAACCGGAAGUUUGGUGGGAAUGCGCAGUCCAUAACCAAGAACCGCUGGAUUCACCAUACAUCCUUUUUAUGGGAUUAUGAGACCAAAAAUAUGGCCUACUUGAAGCAACCUAGACGUAUUCCUAAAUAUCGAUCGGAAAGGAACCAUUUAGAAUUUAUAUGUCGUAUGAAGGAGUAUAUGCCCAGAUCAGAUUUUAUCGAGAAAACCCUUUCCUCAGUUGGAAGCCGUUUCUUGGUAGAACCAACAAAUCUGGAAGCAAUUGGAGCUCAUUCAGGGACAGCAUUUGCCCAUUCAACUAGUUUAUUGACAAAGCGGGAACUAGAAGCAGCUUUAGGUUCUCAACCCUUGAACUUGCCGUUGGAGGUUUUAGAGUCAUGAUUAUGACGUGGAGAUGAUACUAAUGAAUAACAAUUGAGCUGGUAAUGGCCGCACCAAUAAUUCUUCAUUGGACAGACCUUGGCAAAACAAUUGAAAUCUUGCUCAGGUCCACCAAAUUCAAUAUUUUUUGUAACCUUAUGCACACACAUACUUCCACUGAAUUUAUACAAUAAAUUCUGUUAAUGGAAGUCACUAAUGUAAACUGUCUUGCUUAUAUCAAUACGGGCACUUACAUAUUGGAAGGCCCUUAAUUGGACUUGCCAUUUUCCACUAGCUGAUAUCCAUUUCCUUUGGCUUGAUCA